GGACUCUUCCAUUGUGUCUGACUGAAGGGGGAUGACAACAUUGAAUGAGUGGGAGAUUUGGAUGAAGAACUAUCGUGCAAAAGAAUCAGAUGCUAGUGCGGUGAUCACCAUAUAUGGCAUAACCCAAGCGGGACCUACAGAGUACCAACUUACACCUGCAGCCAGGACAGAGGAUGGCAUCUUCCCGUGUCAUCAAUAUUCCAUUCCGGGAACAGGAGCGCCGGCUGCUGUCCCAGCUGAACAGGAUGCGAGAGCAGGACCAGCUGUGCGACAUGACAGUCCGGGUGGGGACACGCGAGUUCCGCUGUCAUCAGGCCGUGCUGGCCGCCAGCAGUGGGCACUUCCUCAGUGUCUUCGUACAGGGAAUGCUGAGCUUCCCCAAGAUUCUGGACCUCACCUUCACCUCAGCAGACGUCUUCUCCAUCAUCUUAGACUUCAUCUACACAGCCAGUCUUAAGUGUCCCGCAGACGUCUUAUCUCAGGUUCUGCAGGCAGCCAAGGUUCUGGAGAUCCACACACUCGUGGAUCACCUGCUGCUGUUCUCUGCUGCACACGACGGAGUGAAUGAAACAUCCAACAGGGAGUCGGCACAGUCUACCUACCCCCAUGACUGGGACUAUGAGAAUUCCGAGGAGUUCAGACCACAGUCGGAGGUCGCCCGGCUUCAGUAUGACCCUAUGGCGACCCAGAUCGCCGAGCUGAGGUCAGAGGUCGCGUUCCUCCGACAGCAGCUCAACACCGCCAUCGGGGAGGAACCAGUCUCCGUGCACUCUCCUGCAAAACGGCUGAAAAGGGGGAAUUCCUCGCUUCUGUCGGGGACUGUGAGGCGACUUCACAACGCAGACACAAACCCCAGGAAGUACAGGGGAGAUUUGGGAUUAAACUCACCUCACAACGAGGCUGUGACGACCUUCUUAAUGAGAGAGGUCGCCGCCGCCUCUGAGCACCAUCCACAAACUGUCAUCCGAGCUGCGUGUGUGACGUAUUACGAAACCGUGCGGCGGAGGUUCGUAGAUGAACAGCCAGAAAACACAGAGAAGACAAAAAAGCAGAAGAGCGAGAAGCGUCUUCGCUCAAGAAGAAAAAGGCUGCUGGAGUGCCGAGAAGGAGUCCUGCAGUCAGAGGAGGAGCGAUGGCUCUGGACCGGCGUGACCCCUGACCUCAUGUCCGACGAAGACGACAGCGAAUCGGACGGCAUUCCUGUGUGGCUGGUCAGGCCGCCGGCCUUCCGUAGCGACAAACUGUCGAGCCUGUGCGGCGUGCUACAAUCCAGGCUCGACGCGGACAAGAGGUUCAGGUCAUCGCACACUCCGCGGAAAACGGAACCGGGCGUUUUCAGCGAAAGACUUCCUCCGAAAUCGUACGACCCAGAGCGAGCAACCCAGCACAUCAGGCCGGAACAUGCCCCAAACAAGCUGGGGUUUAUUGAUGAUGUCUUCACGGACCUGGAUUUAUAAGACAUCUUCAUAGAAGACUCUUCCUUGUUGCACCUCCCAGGACCACAAAAACUGGUUGUGUCAUGCUGGGUUUUAUCGUCAACGAAUAUCCUUUUGUUUUUAAUUUAUUUCCUCAUGUUCUGACAAGACAUUUUUCAUUCUUUUUUUCAUAUUGUCAAUAUGUGCUUCCUGGAUCCAGUGUCUUCAUCUGGUGUCCUCCCGUUUUUCUUUGUUU